CUUUUCUCUCCAACUGUGUUUCUUAGCAACUAACCCCCGGCUCCACCAGAAGCCCCUCUUUGCACAUGCGCAAACUGCGGACAGGGAAGGGGGCGCCCUAGCCCUGGCGCUUUUAGUGUUGCUGUCCCAGCCAGAAUCGCGUCUGGCCGGUGGGAAGCCGGGAACUCCAGCCUCCCGCAGGAGAGGAGAGAGGAGCGAGCUGCACCAGGGCAAGCAUGGAGUAGACAAGGCUGAAUUUCAUCAAGAUUAGUAGCUUUGCAAGAUCAUGAUACAUGGUGAUGGCUUGCAGAGUCAUAAACAAAAGAAGACACGUGGGACUUCAACAACUUUCAUCAUUCGCGGAAACAGGAAGAACUUUCCUAGGCCCACUAAAAUCAUCCAAAUUUAUUAUAGAUGAAGAAUGUCAUGAAAGUGUAUUAGUCAGUUCAACAGUAAGGCUUCUUGAAAGUUUGGAUUUAAGCAGUGCAGUGGGACAGCUUCUCAAUGAAGCAGUUCAAGCACAAAAUAACACAUAUAGAACUGGAACCAGUACUCUUUUGUUUCUUGUUGGUGCUUGGAGCAGUGCAGUUGAAGAAUGUCUUCAUCUUGGUGUCCCCAUUUCUGUAAUAGUGUCAGUAAUGUCAGAAGGCUUAAACUUUUGUAGUGAAGAAGUAGUUUCUCUUCAAAUACCUGUUCACAAUAUAUUUGACUGUAUGGACAGCACAAAAACAUUUCCUCAACUUGAAACAUUUAGUGUAAGUUUGUGUCCUUUUCUACAGGUCCCUUCAGAUACUGAUUUGAUAGAGGAAGAGCAUGGUCUCAAAGAUGUUGCCUCUCAAACAUUGACCAUUUCCAGUCUUUCUGGGAGACCUCUUAAAUCAUCUGAAUUCUUUAAACCUCAGGCUAAGGUUGAAGCAGAUAAGAACACAUCACGAACUCUGAAAAACAGCCUGCUUGCCGAUACCUGCUGCAGAAAGUCAAUACUAAUCCACAGUAGGCAUUUUAAUAGGACAGAUAAUACUGAACGGGUAAGCAAACCAGAUGGAUUUCAAGAACAUGUUACAGCUACUCUCAAAACUUACAGAUGUAACGAUUUGGUAGAGUUGGCAGUAGGCUUGAGUCACGGAGAUCACAGCAGCAUGAAGUUAGUAGAAGAAGCAGUACAGUUGCAAUAUCAGAAUGCUUGUGUGCAACAAGGCAACUGUAUAAAACCAUUUAUGUUUGACAUUUCGAGAAUUUGUACUUGCUGUCUACCAGGCUUACCUGAAACUUCUUCUUGUGUUUGUCCAGGAUAUAUCACUGUUGUGUCAGUAUCUAAUACUCCUGUGAUCAAGGAAUUGCAGAGUCAGCCUCUCCGAAUAGUUCUCAUUGAGGGUGACCUCACAGAGAAUUAUCGCCACCUGGGAUUUAAUAAGUCUGUAAAUAUUAAAACAGCAUUAACUAGCAUGGAGCUUCAAGAAGACAGCUCAGAAGAAUUGUGGGCAAAUCACGUAUUACAGGUAUUAAUCCAGUUCAAUGUGAACCUUGUCCUGGUACAAGGAAGUGUGUCUGAAUGCUUAAUUGAAAAAUUUAUAAACAGUAAGCAGUUGGUAAUUGGCUCAGUGAAUGGCAGUGUGAUGCAGGCUUUUGCAGAAGCUGCAGGAGCAGUACAGGUGGCCUACAUUACACAAGUGAAUGAAGAUUGUGUGGGCAAUGGGGUCUGUGUGACCUUCUGGAGAAGCAGUCCCUUGGAUGUUGUUGAUGGGAACAACAGAAUCGCAAUCUUAUUAAAAACAGAAGGAAUUAAUUUGGUUACAGCCGUGCUCACUAACCCAGUUACUGCACAGAUGCAAAUCAAAGAAGAUAGGUUCUGGACAUGUGCCUAUCGUUUGUAUUAUGCUCUAAAAGAGGAAAAGGUCUUCCUUGGAGGUGGUGCAGUUGAAUUUUUGUGUCUUAGCUGUCUUCAAAUUCUUGCGGAGCAAUCUCUGAAAAAAGAAAACCAUGCCUGCUCAGGGUGGCUCCAUAAUACUUCCUCUUGGCUGGCUUCAUCUCUGGCAAUAUACAGACCAACUGUGCUUAAAUUCCUGGCAAAUGGAUGGCAGAAAUACCUUUCAACUCUCCUAUAUAAUACUGCCCAUUACUCAUCAGAAUUUGAAGCCAGCACAUACAUUCAGCAUCAUCUGCAAAAUGCCACAGACUCUGGCUCUCCUUCAUCUUACAUCUUGAAUGAAUAUAGUAAACUAAAUAGUAGAAUUUUUAAUUCAGACAUUUCAAAUAAAUUGGAGCAGAUUCCAAGAGUGUAUGACGUUGUUACACCAAAGAUUGAGGCGUGGCGCCGAGCACUGGAUUUAGUAUUGUUAGUACUUCAGACAGACAGUGAAAUAAUUACUGGACAUGGACACACACAGAUGAAUUCACAGGAAUUAACGGGCUUUUUGUUUUUGUAGUGUUAUUGGCUAAGUCUUUGGAAAAUAAUUUUUCAUAAUCUGUCAUGCUAAUAAUAAAUGUAUUGCUAGCCAAGUCA